GCGGCGAGCUGCCAGUGCGAUCCGGGGGUAGGGCGUGCGUGGCUUGCGUGGAGCUGGCCUGUAGACACCGAACCUGUGAGGUGUGCGGGUGGCUGGCAGCGAAAGACUUCGGCGGACAUGGCUCCAAACGCGCUGGCGGCGGAAUCCGAGUACCGGAAAGGCAUCCGGGCCGUGUUGCUCGGGCCACCCGGGGCUGGGAAGGGGACCCAGGCUCCCAAAUUGGCUGAAAACUUCUGUGUUUGCCAUUUGGCCACUGGGGACAUGCUGAGGGCCAUGGUAGCUUCUGGUUCCGAGCUGGGGAAAAAGCUGAAGGCAACAAUGGAUGCUGGGAAACUGGUGAGUGAUGAAAUGGUAGUGGAGCUCAUCGAGAAGAACUUGGAGACUCCUUCAUGCAAAAACGGCUUUCUUCUAGAUGGCUUCCCUCGCACUGUGAGGCAGGCUGAAAUGCUUGACAACCUCAUGGAAAAGAGGAAAGAGAAACUUGAUUCUGUAAUUGAGUUCAGCAUCCCAGACUCCCUGUUGAUCCGGAGAAUCACUGGAAGGCUGAUUCACCCCAAGAGUGGCCGGUCCUACCAUGAGGAGUUCAACCCCCCAAAGGAGCCCAUGAAAGAUGACAUCACUGGGGAACCAUUAAUCCGUAGAUCAGAUGACAACGAGAAGGCCUUGAAGACCCGUCUGGAGGCCUACCACACCCAGACCACCCCACUGGUGGAGUACUACAGGAAACGAGGGAUCCACUGUGCCAUUGAUGCAUGCCAGACCCCUGAUGUCGUGUUUGCCAGCAUCUUAGCAGCCUUCUCCAAAGCCACAUCCUAGUAACAGAAGGCCAGGAGAGACUGCACCACUGCUCAUCUCCCCGCGGCGUGAUCCCUGCUCUUAGGUGCUGGGCAGAAAGGACGGGUGGUCAGGGGAAGGAAGGAUGGAGAGGGAGGGUGGGGGGGCUCGAGGAAUAUUUGGAAAAACAGCAGUGUUGUAGUGAGUGAGAUUUUUAUAUACAUACAUAGAUGGGAGUUUUAAAAUUUAAGCAAGGGAGAUUAAUUUUUUUAAAACCUGUGAUAAGAGGGCAUGGAUACAAAUAGGGAGGGAGAUGCAGUAUUAUUUCUAAGCAAUUGGGUUUUCAUUUACUCUGAAUUGGUGACAAUAUGUUUAAAGCCAGGGCUCUAAGAGACCUCAGUUGUUAUCUAAGAACCUUGUAGGUUACCAGGCCAAGAAUGCAGGAAAUCAAACUAUGAUCCUGUGUACUCUGUAGCCUGGAAGAGGGAGCGUUUGACUGCUGACAGCGGUUCCCCUCACUAUAAGGUAAAAAAAAUUGUCUCCACAUAGGAAAGAGACAGGAGUAUAUUUAUAUGGGUGGUGGCUUAGCAAAUCAAGUUUACUAGAGUUGUUUGGAGCAAGGGGAGAGAGAGGUCCACUCCCUCCCUGUGAUUUGCCACUGAUUUACUAGUCGCCUGCUCUGAUGGCAAAGCCUCAGCAGCCACCCAGCACAUACCACAGUUCUGCAACUUUGCCUUCUUCAUCCAUCCUGUGUGAAGGGACCCUUUGAAAAUAAAUGAACAAGGGUUAAGGGUGCUCAAUGGCACAUGCUUGCCUAGGAUUGCAGGGCCCUGGGUUCAAUGCCCAGCAGUGGUGGGGAGGAGUAAAAUAUCUUAAGUGAUAUCAUCCAAAGAUUGUCCUUUCCAUCCUCAAAUCCUGUGACUGGGAUCACUCGACAGCACUGUGAUAUAUUUUUUUUCAAUGAUGUGCCUUUCUUAACUGACCAAAUGCUGCCUUGUUUAGCCCCUAAGUCAAUAAAAUAAGCCAAAAAAUUUGUA